AAUAUUCAAAUUUUGAAUAUUCAUAUUUCGAAUAUUAAUAUUUUAUUAAUAAAUAUACAGUGCAAUAUAAUAACGAAUGUUUAUGUUGAAUUAAACCUUUAAUAACAAUUAAAAAAAAAUUUUUUUUUGUAAUUUUUUAAAAAUGUUGGCGUUAAUUUUGUGUGCUGUGUCGUGUUUUCUGUAUGCGUGGUACCAAUGGGAGAGUAAUUAUCGUCGGCUGAAGAGUUAUAAACUGCCCCCUAUGUACCCUGGAGUGCUGCCUAUCAUCGGCCACGCGCAUUUGCUCAUUGGAAAUACUACACGACUAUGGACUAUGGUACAGAGAAUGGCUAAAGAAGCGUUGGCGAAUGGUGGAGUCAUAUCUGGUUUUAUUGGAAAAGAUCUCUAUUACAUUAUUGCUGACCCAGAGGACAGCGUAACCGCAGCUAAUGCCUGCCUGCACAAACACUUCGCUUAUGACUUCGGAAAGCCAUGGAUGGGAGAAGGACUUGUAUUGGCUUCAGGCCCCACAUGGAAGAGACAUCGCAAGCUUCUGAACCCAGCGUUCAGUCUUCAGGUGCUGCACAGCUUCUUAGGAGUGUUCAAUAUUCAAGCUAGACGUCAGGUCAAGCAUUUCGAAGCUGAAGUCGGCCAUGGGAAAUUCGACCAUCUUGCCUCGCUGAAACACAUUGCUUUGGAAACAGUAUGCUUAACAGCCUUCGGAAUAACAGCAGACGAAGACAAAGAUUUCAACAAGCUGUACAUGGCAGCCGUCGACCAGAUCCUGAACAUAAUUGCGAUGCGGUUCUCCAACUUCUGGCUGCAGAGCGACCUGAUCUACAGCUUCACAGAGCUCAGGAAGAAGCAGGAUGAGGUGGUCAAAGUGCUGAAUGCUAUGUCUACUGCUGUCAUUAAAAGGAAAAAAGAACAAAUGCAAAGCCUGCCCAGAGAAGAAUGGGAAGCACAACGUCAACGCACAGGUAUCAAAUGCAAAGCCCUGAUGGACCUUCUACUGGAAUUGGCAGAAGAGAACACUCUCACGGACAAGGAGAUCAGGGAAGAAGUAGACACCGCUAUCGUAGCCUCAUAUGACACUACUUCUUGCUUGCUCGCUUACAUCAUGAUGAUGUUGGGAACUUACCCUGAGGCACAAGAGAAGAUGUACCAAGAAUUAGAAGAAAUAUUCGAAGGCACCGACCGUGACGUCACAAAGGAUGACCUGCCGAGAAUGGUGUACACUGACGCUGUGAUCAAGGAGACUCUAAGACUGAUCCCUACUGGCCCUGUAGGACUACGAUAUGUCGACAAAGAUGUUCAAUUGAAAAACUUCACGAUGCGCGCUGGCAGUCAAUGUGCGCUGUUGAUCUACGGCAUCCACUACCAUGAGAGCUGGGGUCCAGACGUGAGGGAGUUCAAACCUGAGCGCUGGUUGGACCCCAACAACGCCCCCAACCCUAACAUGUUUGCUGGUUUCAGUAUUGGAAAGAGAGCUUGCAUGGGAAGGACAUUCGCAACGUUAUCGAUGAAGACCACACUGUCCCACGUACUGCGACGGUUUAAGAUCAAAGCUGACAUCAAUGACCUGAAGCUGAAGAUAGACUUCUUGCUAAAACCCGUCUCAGGAUCCCUCGUCAGUUUAGAAAGGAGAAAUUAGUCUUAAAAUUACAAUCAAUCGAUGCUUUAAAUUAUAUUAAACAUUUAGAUUUACGUAGUUAAUUUUAAGUUUAUGUUAAGUAAAUAUUGAACUAGUGGUCAAAUAUUAGAUUAUAUGUCGGCUAACAUAAAUUAUAAUAAGUAAAUAGAAAUUAUACUAUUGUAAGUGUUCGUUGAUAUUAAUGAAUAUGUAUAAUUUCAAGGAAUUUUCUUGUCUCAUUGUAUAAAAAGCAUUAUUAGAUACAUUACAUUUUUUAAUUCACAACUUGAACUAGACUGAUGUCUUCAAAAGUACAACGGCGUCAUCUGCUUUGAUAAAAAUGUAUUUGUGUUUUACGCGAAAUACGUUAUCAUAAGCACACAAUAAGAUAUCCUUUGGUUUGAUGCAGUUCAGUCGAAUGAACUGUGUAUUUCCAAUAAAAAAUCUUAAUCAUGAAAAACUGUAAAACUUUUCAUAAAAUAUGACUAUGAAUAUGAUCACUCAAAAUUAUCUACA